CGCAAAUCAACAACAACGCACGCCGCUAGCCGCGGUGCCGAAACGUUUGUUGUGAAAUUUGCCAAGUUUUUACUAGUUUAUUGAUUUAAACAGCUACAAUUCUUAUUUUAUUAAAUACCUUUGGUGCCCGGGAGCACUUUAGAAACACAACAACAUGAUGUACGACAACGAGGAAGAGAUGUACGAGGAGGAGAAUGCGGAGGAGAUCUCCCACGAGCUGUGGCAGGAAGCCUGCUGGAUCGUGAUCAAUGCUUACUUCGACGAGAAGGGUUUGGUGCGCCAGCAACUGGACAGUUUCGACGAGUUCAUCCAGAUGUCGGUGCAGCGCAUUGUGGAGGACUCACCGGCCAUCGAGUUGCAGGCCGAGGCGCAGCAUACCUCCGGCGAGGUGGAGACGCCGCCGCGCUUCUCCCUGAAAUUCGAGCAGAUCUACCUCUCGAAACCGACCCACUGGGAGAAGGACGGCUCGCCCAGUCCCAUGAUGCCGAAUGAGGCGCGUCUGCGCAAUCUCACCUAUUCUGCGCCACUCUACGUGGACAUAACCAAGACAAAGAAUGUGGAGGGUAUGGAUCCUGUAGAGACGCAGCACCAGAAGACUUUCAUCGGCAAGAUACCCAUCAUGCUGCGUUCCACCUAUUGCCUGCUGUCCCAGCUCACUGAUCGUGAUUUGACGGAGUUGAACGAGUGCCCGCUGGACCCCGGCGGCUACUUCAUCAUCAACGGUUCGGAAAAAGUGCUUAUCGCCCAGGAAAAGAUGGCCACCAAUACGGUGUAUGUGUUCAGUAUGAAGGACGGCAAGUAUGCCUUCAAGACGGAGAUCCGGUCGUGUCUGGAGCACAGUUCGCGUCCCACCUCCACGCUAUGGGUGAACAUGAUGGCCAGAGGAUCGCAGAAUAUUAAGAAGUCGGCCAUUGGCCAAAGGAUCAUUGCUAUUCUGCCGUAUAUCAAACAGGAGAUCCCAAUCAUGAUUGUGUUCCGCGCCUUGGGCUUUGUGGCUGAUCGCGAUAUUCUAGAGCACAUCAUCUACGACUUCGACGAUCCGGAGAUGAUGGAGAUGGUGAAGCCAUCUCUAGAUGAGGCAUUCGUUGUGCAGGAGCAGAAUGUUGCCCUGAAUUUUAUAGGAGCGCGUGGUGCUCGUCCCGGAGUCACAAAAGACAAGCGUAUCAAGUACGCCAAGGAAAUUCUGCAGAAGGAAAUGCUGCCCCAUGUCGGCGUAUCGGAUUUCUGCGAGACCAAGAAGGCGUACUUCCUCGGCUAUAUGGUGCAUCGCCUGUUGCUGGCCUCUCUGGGCCGGAGGGAGCUCGAUGACCGUGAUCACUAUGGUAACAAGCGACUUGAUCUCGCCGGACCGCUGCUAGCAUUCCUCUUCCGCGGCUUAUUUAAAAACCUGAUGAAGGAGGUGCGCAUGUACACACAAAAAUUCAUCGAUCGGGGCAAGGACUUUAAUCUGGAGUUGGCCAUCAAGACAAACAUCAUAACAGACGGUCUGAGGUACUCCCUGGCCACAGGCAACUGGGGUGAUCAGAAGAAGGCCCAUCAGGCGAGAGCCGGUGUCUCUCAGGUGUUGAAUCGUCUGACCUUUGCCUCCACUCUCUCCCAUUUGCGUCGCGUCAACUCGCCCAUUGGCCGAGACGGCAAGCUGGCCAAGCCCCGUCAGCUGCACAACACCCUCUGGGGCAUGUUGUGUCCCGCCGAGACGCCCGAGGGCGCUGCUGUCGGCCUGGUAAAGAAUUUGGCACUUAUGGCCUAUAUAUCGGUGGGGUCGCAGCCCUCGCCUAUUCUUGAGUUCUUGGAGGAGUGGUCCAUGGAGAAUCUAGAGGAGAUUGCACCCUCGGCCAUCGCCGACGCCACCAAAAUCUUUGUCAACGGCUGCUGGGUAGGUAUUCAUCGUGAUCCCGAGCAAUUGAUGGCCACGCUGCGAAAGUUGCGUCGUCAGAUGGACAUCAUUGUGUCCGAGGUUUCCAUGAUCCGUGAUAUUCGGGAUCGCGAGAUACGCAUCUAUACUGAUGCGGGUCGCAUUUGCCGGCCAUUGCUUAUCGUGGAGAACGGAUCGCUGCUGCUAAAGAAGACCCAUGUGGAGAUGCUGAAGGAGCGCGACUACAACAACUACAGUUGGCAGGUGCUGGUGGCUUCCGGCGUGGUGGAGUAUAUCGACACCCUCGAGGAGGAAACGGUCAUGAUAGCCAUGUCGCCGUACGAUCUAAAGCAGGACAAGGACUAUGCCUACUGUACGACCUACACCCACUGCGAGAUCCAUCCGGCCAUGAUCCUUGGCGUUUGUGCUUCUAUUAUACCCUUCCCCGAUCACAACCAGAGUCCGCGUAACACCUAUCAAAGCGCUAUGGGUAAACAAGCUAUGGGCGUGUACAUUACAAAUUUCCACGUGCGCAUGGACACACUUGCCCACGUUCUAUACUAUCCCAUGAAGCCUUUGGUCACCACCCGUUCCAUGGAGUACCUGCGCUUCCGAGAGCUCCCAGCUGGCAUCAAUUCGAUUGUAGCCAUUCUCUGCUACACAGGCUACAACCAGGAGGAUUCUGUCAUCUUGAACGCUUCUGCGGUGGAGCGAGGAUUCUUCCGCUCGGUAUUCUACCGUUCGUACAAGGAUUCAGAGAACAAACGCGUGGGUGACCAGGAGGAAAACUUUGAAAAACCGCAUCGGGGAACCUGUCAAGGUAUGAGGAAUGCCCAUUACGAUAAGCUCGACGAUGAUGGUAUUAUUGCCCCGGGUAUUCGUGUCUCCGGCGAUGAUGUGGUCAUCGGAAAGACUAUAACUCUGCCUGAAAAUGACGAUGAGCUGGACAGUAACACAAAGCGUUUUGCGAAGCGAGACGCCUCAACCUUCCUGCGAAACUCUGAGACUGGCAUCGUGGACCAGGUGAUGCUGACCCUGAACAGCGAGGGUUACAAGUUCUGCAAGAUUCGAGUGCGCUCGGUGCGCAUCCCACAAAUUGGUGACAAAUUCGCCUCCCGUCACGGGCAGAAGGGAACUUGCGGUAUCCAGUACAGGCAGGAGGAUAUGGCCUUCACUUGUGAGGGUCUGGCGCCAGAUAUUAUCAUCAACCCUCAUGCCAUCCCCUCGCGUAUGACAAUCGGUCACUUGAUCGAGUGCCUUCAGGGAAAACUUGGCUCCAACAAGGGCGAGAUUGGCGAUGCCACACCUUUCAACGAUGCCGUCAACGUGCAGAAGAUCUCCACGUUCUUGCAGGAGUACGGCUAUCAUCUUCGUGGCAACGAGGUCAUGUACAAUGGACACACGGGGCGAAAGAUCAAUGCCCAGGUAUUUUUGGGACCCACCUAUUAUCAGCGCCUCAAGCAUAUGGUGGACGACAAGAUUCACUCUCGGGCUCGAGGUCCCGUCCAAAUUCUCGUGCGUCAGCCCAUGGAGGGUCGUGCCCGUGACGGUGGCCUUCGUUUCGGUGAGAUGGAGCGUGAUUGCCAGAUUUCCCACGGUGCCGCACAGUUCCUGAGGGAGCGUCUGUUCGAGGUCUCGGAUCCGUAUCGGGUUCACAUCUGCAAUUUCUGUGGCCUGAUCGCCAUUGCCAAUCUGCGCAACAACACGUUCGAGUGCAAGGGCUGCAAGAACAAGACGCAGAUCUCGCAGGUACGACUCCCCUACGCGGCCAAGCUGCUCUUCCAGGAGCUCAUGUCCAUGAAUAUUGCGCCUCGUCUAAUGGUUAAUUAAUCAUUGCAUGUUUGGACCACUAAAUCGUUUUAAGCCGAAAGUUAGCAAUUAAUUAAUAAAUUACCAUAAUAUUGUG